AUGGCGUCCAUGAUCUUGCCCAGCAUCAAGUGCUCGGAUUGCGGCUGCAAUGUCGAGAUCUCGGCCCUGGGGGAUCAUGUCUGUGUGCAGACUGGCUAUCCCCCUGCGCUCCCAUCACCACCUCCCUCCGCAGGGCUAGAAUCCCCCGACCGACUAUCGAAACAGAGAGGACCUCCCCCGCGGAUUGAUCCUUCGGUUGCCAAUAAAGCAUUCCUGCAGCCGAAUGUGCCUACGCCCGUCAGCAGUGUCGGUUUAUCGCCCUUGUCGGUCAGCCCGGCACCGAAAUCUCCAAUGCCUCAUAGCCCGGCUGAUAACAAUUCCGUGAUCGACCUGGAUUCGGUCUUCUCGUUUCCAAUGCCUGGCAACAGGUCACCGACUCAUGUACGGACCCCCAGUCCAAUGACUGGAGGUAUGGCAAAGUCACUACCGCCAAUUCCACAGUCAACCUUCGCGCUGGGCAUGCUACCGGAGAACAUACAGCUCCCUCCCAGCCCACUUCCGCCAAAGUCGCCAGCCCCAGAACCGAAUCACUCAAGAGAUGAGUCGGUGGCUAGCCGCAGCAGCUAUGGAUCCUCUUUCGCCAGCAGUCGCUAUGGUGACUCGACCGCUAGAUCGUCUACAAAUAGCUUUACUCGUGGCUUCAGAACAUUCAUGGACGACACACCGCCAGUGCCUCCAGCACCUCUCCGCACUCCUAACAAGAACUCUUUCUCACGCGAUUCAAACAUGUCCGUUGUUUCAUCCCGGGUUUCAUCGCGAAGUGAUAGAGAGGAGAUCCACGGCGGAUUCGACUUUGGCAUUCCUACAGACCAGAACUCGGUACUGCAUGAACUCCCUGAAGAGUCUCCCUCUGAUGAACAAAAGAACCACCAUGAAUACGACUUCCAGUCAUCUACGCAGAAUCACCUGCAUCCCGCAGCAGCAGCGGAGCCAGGUAGCGAUGCUCCCAGGAAAAACUCCGAUGCAAGCACAGCCAGUGCAUUGUCCGUAACAAGCUUUGCCCGUGCUCUUGGUCUAGAGGAACAGAUGAACCACGACGGCUCUACCUCGUCUGAUUCGUCUCCUUCAGAUGCCCGCAGUGGCAGUUCGAUGUCCAGCCUUCCAUCCGAUGUCAGCUUGAACCGACACAAGCCAACCGAUCCUCUCAACCUUGGACCAUUGGUUGAGGAACUACCAGCGCGAACCCGACAGACCAUUUUGGAAAUCCCCGGUCGUCAACGCAGUCCUAUGGAGGAAGUCCCUACCAUCCCAGCUGCGUACUUCAGUCCAGACUCACCUACUGAUCCUGCCAUCGGCCAAGGAGGUCUGUCCCUGAUCGCAUCCAAGAUCGAGGUGAUCCCAACUCCAACUGGUCGGACACCGACCGAAUCAAGAGAACCUUCUCCUAUGCCGCCACCCCAGCGAUCUUUCACAGCACCGAUCCCCCGGCCCCCGACUCGAUCGCCAACCACUCGAUCAGCGGGUCGCUCAAAAGGAAUCUGCAAGGGAUGUAACGAGCCCAUCACGGGCAAAUCGAUCUCAUCCUCCGACGGUCGUCUCACUGGCCGCUACCACCGUGGCUGUUUCGUCUGCUUUGAGUGUCACUCACCCUUCCAGACUGCCGAUUUCUACGUCCUCAACAACCGUCCGUUUUGCGCACAACAUUACCACGAGCGCAACGGUUCACUUUGCGCCGGUUGCCACACCGGUAUCGAGGGUCACUAUCUGGAAACCGUUGAACGGAACCCAGCACGGCCCGAUCGUCGUCGAUUCCACACCGAGUGCUUGCAGUGUCGCACAUGUCACAUCCUCCUUAAGGGCGACUACUUCGAAUGGAAUGGCGAAGUCUACUGUGAACGCGACGCACGACGUGCCGCCGGUUACUAUCCACCACCCGGUCCCCCCGGUCCCCCUGGUCCUCCUGGCCGCCGUCGUCCUACUCUUGGAUCGUCCCCGUUGUCUCAGUCUCGCGAAUUUCCUCCGGCCGGAUACCCUCCUUCGCCCAUGCUAGGACAGGGACUGCGCCCGGGUCCGCGUCUCCCCCCUGGAGGUGGAGGAGGACGUUUCCCCGAACGACGAACCACCCGGCUCAUGAUGAUCUGA